CUUUAGUCGAUUUUCUUGUUUUCCUCUUCAGAACUCUUAUUGAGACACAGAAAACCAAAGUUGAAAUUUCUAAAUCCUUAAGGCUUCAGCUUUUCUCUCUGGGCUUCGACUCUGUGGGGUGUAUUUGAGAUCCAUGGCGGCCUUGCAAUACCUAGAGUCUAUUCAAAAUGAACAUCCAGAGCUAGCCGACUGGUACAAUUCUCUUGCAGAUCUGUAUCAGAAGAAACUCUGGCAUCAGCUCACUCUCAAGCUCGAUCAGUUCGUUGCACUCUCCGCCUUUCAGGCUGGAGAUGCACUGAUAAAGUUGUAUCACAACUUUAUCACUGAUUUUGAGACCAAGAUUAAUCCUCUCAAGCUUGCACAUUUUGCUGUUAUAGUUUCUCAGCAGUACUCAGAGAAAGAGGCUGCUAUCAGUUUUCUUGAAGGGGUGAUUGAAAAGCUUCAGGCUACUAAAGAGCGGCGCAUAGAAGAGCCAAUUCUUUAUAUUAAGAUGCAAAUCUCCAAAUUCAAGCUUGAGCAAGGUGAUCAAAAGGAAUGCAAGAAACUUCUUGAUGAUGGAAAGAGUACCCUUGACAGUAUGACUGACAUAGAUCCUUCUGUAUAUGCUACCUACUAUUGGGUUUCAUCUCAAUACCAUAAAUUUCGCCAAGAAUUUGCUGAGUUCUACAAAUGUGCUCUCCUUUAUCUUGCUUACACAUCAGUGGAGUCUAUCUCAGAAUCUUUUAAGUUGGAUUUGGCAUUUGAUCUGUCCCUUUCUGCUCUUUUGGGCGAUAACAUUUACAACUUUGGAGAACUCCUUGCUCAUCCAAUUAUAAAGAGUCUUCUGGGGACCAAGGGGAGUGGCUUAGUGUUCCCCAAGGGACGAGGAUGCAGCCGCCCAUCCGAUGAUCGAACUAUUCCAUUAAAAGUUAUUGCUGAGAGAACAAAACUGUCGAUUGAAGAUGUCGAGCAUCUUCUCAUGAAGAGCCUGUCUGUUCAUCUGAUUGAGGGCAUAAUUGAUCAAGUUGAGGGAGCAGUUCAUGUUUCUUGGGUGCAGCCAAGAGUUUUGGGAAUUCCACAGAUCAAAUCCUUGCGUGAGCGGUUGGAUAGUUGGAUGGAAAAAGUGCAUACUGCCUCGUUAUCGAUUGAAGCUGAAACACCUGAUCUUGUUGCAUCAUGAUUUUCCUGUCCGGAUCCUUCUUCCCAUUGUAACAAUUUCGUUAUUCGGAAAGAAAGAAAAGGAGAGAGAGCGACGAGCAAUGAGGAUAUCUAUAAGUGUUGGUGAUGUGUGCAGGUAUUGCUUGAUCCUUAAAUCAUUGUUCUGAAAGGAGGGGCUCGUGUACUAAACUUUUCACGUUUUCGCAUUCGUUGGAUCUACAAUGGCAGUUGCAUGCCUGAGGACACAGUUAAAACUGAAAAACAUCAUCCUUCUCUUUCUUCAAAUUUGUAUUGGGAUUUUUCGUCAGAUACAAUCAAAUCCACUUUUAUGUGGAUGAAAGUGCAUUUUCAUUUC